AUGUCGUAUCCAAGGAGAGGCUGUUUCAAAUGUGGCAAUGUUGGCCAUUUUGCUAGCUCCUGUACAGAGCCAGAGCGGCUUUGCUACAACUGUAAAUCUUCCGGCCAUGAGUCUAACAUGUGCCCUAUGCCCCAUACAGCAGAGUCGAAACAGUGUUACUCUUGCGGAGGAGUCGGGCAUAUUCAGGCCGAUUGUCCUUCGAUCAGGAUUGCCCGCAAUGCUGGUGGGGUUGCUGGGCGUUGUUACAACUGCAAGAUGUUUGGUCACAUGGCGCGCAACUGCCCCAAUCAAUCUCACUUCAAUGGGCCCUCUCCUCGCAAUUUUGGUAUGAAUGGUGGCGGAGGUAGACGUUCCAGUAAUCAUAACAACCACAGCAACAAUAGCAACCACCACAACUCUGCCAAUGGAAGUGGUAAUAAUUCUAGAGUUGGACGCGUUAUCUGUUACAAAUGUGGAGGGCCAAACCAUUUCUCACGCGACUGCAAGGCAAGUGGAGUGAAGUGCUAUAAUUGUAAUAACUUUGGGCACUUGAGUAAGGAUUGCCCUGAAGGACCUAAAGCUCAGGUUUGCUUCAAGUGCCAGCAGGAGGGCCACAUU